GGAUCCUGGCAACCUCAAUCUCAGACCUGCCAGUGCUCCGGGGGACGAGUCGGUCUCCGCUGUGAAAGAUUCGGGGAGAGUUGCAAUGAACUGUUUCAAAUGGGCUACCCAGCGGGCAUCAGAAGACCUUACUUCAUCCAGCCAUCCGGUGUAGCUCCAUUUUUAACACAUUGCGCUAAAAAUGCUGGUGAAGUAAGGACCGAUGUCUUCUUUCACCCAGCAGAAGGUUUGCUUAACUUCAACCGUUCUUUAAGCGAUUAUGUCACUGGUUUUUACUAUAACACCAGCGAAUUCUGGAUCGGAUUGGAGAAGAUGUACGUGCUCAAUACACUCGGAAGACUUACAAGCAUCUGCUUUUAUAUUGCGUUCAACGAAAGCGGUAAUUUCCAGUUCCUAUUCAGGGGAGUGACUAUUGGAGAUGCAAGCAGCGAUUAUUCUUUCAACUACACGAGCGUGAAAUAUUCAGACUUUGGCCCACUCGCAAACAAUGCGACAAUUUCAGAUUGUAUCCCCAAAAGCGGAAAACCCACGCCAUUUUCAGCCCACGACACAGACAACGAUGCUGAGCAGAUGGAAAACUGCGCUGAAAACUCAGGAGCUGGUUGGUGGUUCUCAACUUGUGACCCUGACCCAGUCUGCAAUCCUCUGGGUGCCCCAGUUAAGCCA